GUUGGUUCUGCACUUCGACAGCGGGGGCUUCCUCGUCUUUUACAACUGCCGGAUCCACUGGUGCACCUCUCCCGCUGUGGAACCUGCUUCUGACAUCCUGUCUCCCAAGUUCCAUCGGGGGCAGGCCUUGGCAGCCCUUCGCCAGCCGACGUCCAUCUGCUACACUCUUCUGGACCAGAGAUAUUUCUCCGGUCUGGGGAACAUCAUUAAGAACGAGAUCUUAUAUUUGGCAAGGAUCCACCCAUUAUCGCAAGGCUCGCUCUUGGCUCUCUCAGAUCUUGAAUCCUUGCUGGAUCAUGCCGUUCAGUUCAGCACAGACUGGCUGCAUAAGAAGCUGGCUGGAAAAGGAUUACACUAUCAGAUCUACCUGAAAGAAAAAUGUCCUCUUGGGCAUGAGGUGAUGCAGGGAACUUUUGGACCCCGAGAUGGGUUUAAGAGGCUUAGCUGGUGGUGUCCUCAGUGCCAGCCUUUAGUACCUCCUGAAGGGAAUGACCCCAAAUUGCUUAAAUGCUGA